AUGGCUGCUUACGAAGACCCCAACACCAAAUCGCUCGAUGCGCACGCCGUCUCCAUGACCGAAAAGAUGGAGGCCAGUGCCGUUCACAUCGAGAUGGGCAAGAAAGACGAGUCGAGUCUUCUUGAGAAUGCCCGAAUUGCCACAGAGAAAGAACACAAGAUGACCCUGUGGCAGGGACUGAAACUAUACCCCAAAGCCGUCGCAUGGAGUCUGACCAUCUCCACCUGCAUUGCCAUGGAGGGUUAUGACGUCUGUCUUCUAUCGACAUUCUACAGCUUUGCUCAGUUCAACGAGAAAUAUGGUCAGCAAUUACCGGAUGGGAGCUGGCAAGUACCGGCCUCGUGGCAGUCGGGGCUGAGCAACGGUGUCAACGUGGGAGAGAUCAUCGGUCUGCUUCUGAAUGGAUUCAUUUCCGAGAAGAUUGGUUAUCGGUAUACCAUUCUUGCAUGUUUGCUCAGCUUGACGGGCUUCAUUGCUAUCUUCUUUACGGCACCGAGUGUCGAGGUGCUCUUGGUUGCGGAAAUCUUGGCUGGUAUUCCGUGGGGGGUGUUCCAAACUUUGACCAUCACUUAUGCUAAUCUGCACUGGUUCUUGUCUGAAGAAGCCAAAAAUCUGACCGUUUCUUCUCGCUUGCAGGUCUGCCCCGUCGCUCUGCGUGGAUAUCUCACCACCUAUGUCAACUUUUGCUGGGGCAUGGGCCAGGCUGUCGGUCUCGGCGUGAUCAAAUCCAUGGUCAAUCGCACAGACGAAUGGGCGUAUCGAAUUCCCUACGCUAUUCAAUGGAUGUGGCCCGGCCGACUCGACGAAGCCAAAAGGGCCCUGUUGCGUCUCACCAGCCUGAACCGCGAGACCGACUUUAACGCCGACGAGACCAUCGCCAUGAUGGUGCACACCAACGCCCUGGAAGAGUCCAUCUCCCACGACGCCACAUAUCUCGAUUGCUUCCGAGGCACUGAUCUCCGCCGGACGGAAAUCAUCUGCAUGGUCUGGGCGAUUCAGAAUCUCAGCGGAAACUCUUUCUCCAGCUACUCCUCCUACUUCCUCCAGCAGGCCGGUCUACCAUCAACAACCGCCUAUUCAUUUGCCCUCGGACAAUACGGCAUUAACAUGGCCGGGGUCUUCGGCUCCUGGUUCCUGAUGAGCGCUGGAAUCGGCCGCCGAUCGCUCUACCUAUACGGCCUCUGCGGCCUCUUCAUCAUGCUCCUGGCAAUGGGUCUACUCGGCCUCGUGCCCGCAGCGCACAAGACCGAAAGCGCAAUGGCAACGGGAAGCAUGAUGAUCGGCUGGGCCCUCUGCUACCAGCUCUCCGUUGGCUCAGUCUGCUACUCGCUCGUCUCGGAACUGUCCACCCGCCGAUUGCAGAUCAAGACCGUUGCUCUCGGCAGAAUCCUCUACAUCAUUGCGAACAUCUUCUGCAGCGUCAUCACCCCGUACAUGUUGAACCCGGGCGCUUGGGCAUGGGGUAAUUUUGCGGGCUUGUUCUGGGCAGGAUGCUGCGCGAUGUGCAUUGUAUAUGUCUAUUUCCGAGUCCCCGAGCCCGCGGGCCGGACUUUUGCAGAGUUGGAUAUGUUGUUUGAGAAGAGGGUUAGUGCGCGGAAUUUCGCAAAGACCAAGGUCGAUGUGUUUACGGGACAUACGGAGCGGGACUUAUGA